GAUGCGUUGAAGCGACGCUAGCAGUCAUUCGAGUGAGCAAAAAGUUCAAAUAAAAGAAAAAAAAAAAUCAAAAGCAGACGCAUGUUGCAACAAUGUUGCAUCUGCACGCUCCUGCAUAAUUGCGUCGCGAUAGAACUGUUAGAUUUUCGCUGGAGAGGCGCGCGUCUGUUUCCAUCUGCGUGAUUUGGUAGCAUCGCAUGAUUGUUGUAGGAAGUCUCUCGGUUUUUUUUCCUCUCUUUUUUUUCUCCUCCAGCCGGGCUAUUCAAACCUGCAGAUCUAAGAAAACAAUCAUUCGUGCACUUAAUGCAAAUAACGUGGCGAUUUACUCCUCGCUCUUUUCAUCUGAAUCCACGCGCUUUGUUUUUGUGGCUACAUUUUUUGGGAUCUGCAGAAUAUGGCGCCCUGUCCUUAUAAAAAUAAGACAGGCUGCCAUUUUUGUUUUCCUUUUGUCUGAAUUUUUUAAUAAAACUGUCUGAGAAUGUGGGAGAGGCAGACACCGGGGAGCUGGACCUCCAGAAGCCACGAAUCGCGUCCCUUAUUGUCUUGAAUUUGACGUUUGAGCAAAAGCGACGUGCUUUAAUAGAGAAUAAUUUCAAGGAUGCCGAUAGAAUAGAAGAAAAAGUUGAAAUGGCAGAACCUCGAUUUAAUAAUCCAUACUUCUGGCCUCCUCCACCAUCUAUUCCUGGUCAGUUGGAUAACCUCGUGCUGAUCAACAAGAUCAAAGAACAGCUCAUGGCGGAGAAAAUCAGACCUCAACACCUGCCGCCCACUUCUGUCCCUUCCCAGCAGCCCUUGCUGGUGCCGCCCACGUCCACAGAAGGCGGGCAGCACAAUAUAUCUAAGCUGCAGCACAUGCCGGGCCUCCAUGCUCACAGCACCACCCAGCCUGACAUCGCCCUACACGCUCGACCUGCCUCCAGCACUGUCGCAGGUCGUAUUCUAGGUGACGUAAACUUGAAUCUGGACGACAAAACGGCUAUUAAAGCAAGAGGUUUGUGGGAAGACUGGCAUUUGCGGCAAAUCAUAGACCAGCCAUCCAGAGCGAAUCAUCUGUCAGGAUUGUCGCUGACGUCUUCUCGAACUGCCAACCACAACACGUCAGAGAGCGUGACGCCGAGCACCCCGACCACUCCAACCACCAGCAGUCAGACGCGUCAGGGCGGCGCUCCUUCCCCAAACCUCAUCUCAGGACUGUCUGGUGGGCCAGGGAUGGACUUUAUCAAAAACAGCGGAGGACUGGCAGGACUGCUGGGUCCUCCUCCAAAGAGCAUAGGACGAGGUCGCAAAAAGAUCAAAGCUGAAAACCCCUCUGGGCCGCUCUUAGUCGUUCCCUACCCAAUCCUGGCCUCUGGAGCCGACCAGUCAACUGUCAGCAUCACUGCCAAAGAGGGCAAAACCUACAGAUGUAAAGUGUGUCCGCUGACGUUCUUCUCCAAGUCGGACAUGCAGAUACACUCCAAGACCCACACGGAAGCAAAGCCACACAAGUGCCCUCACUGCACCAAGUCCUUCGCCAACGCGUCCUACCUGGCCCAACACCUGCGCAUUCACCUGGGAGUGAAGCCGUAUCACUGCUCCUACUGCGAGAACUCCUUCCGCCAGCUCUCACACUUGCAGCAGCACACCAGAAUCCACACAGGUGAUCGGCCGUAUAAAUGUCUCCAGCCAGGCUGUGAAAAAUCCUUCACACAGCUCUCCAAUCUGCAAUCUCACCAGAGAUCACAUAAUAAAGACAAGCCUUACAAGUGCUCCAACUGUUACCGCGCUUACUCUGACUCCGCCUCCCUCCAAAUCCACUUGUCAGCUCACGCAAUCAAAAACGCCAAGGCAUUUUGCUGCAGCAUGUGUGGUCGAGCCUACACCUCAGAGACCUACCUUAUGAAACACAUGUCUAAGCACACGGUGGUAGAACAUCUGGUGAGUCAACACUCACCACAGAGGACCGAAUCGCCCAGCGUUCCCGUUCGCAUUUCCCUCAUCUGAGAACGCUGUCCUGGACCAGCCCAUGGUCGGUCAGUUUCCCAACCUUGGCAUAAGCAAGCAAAAUCGCCUGUUCUCGGUGGUUUGAUGUUUAUUUGUGUGUGUGUUUGUUCGUUUGUUUCGGUUUUUGAGAACAUUCCAACAUGUAUUAGACUGUGUGGAUAGAGGCUCAAACCCAGCAGCGGUUUAGGAAGUUUCUGUUACACACAUUCCUCUUCUCCGACUCACUGCUGAGUUGAGAGGGAAUAAUCGGGAAAUCCAAAGAUGGUUUCACAGCACUUUCAGGCCACACAGUUUUGGCUUUAAAUGUUUCUGGUCUGUUACGACAAUAAAGGCAUUGCUCUUGGCAGCUAAACGUUUGGGACUGUAGGUAUUAUGCAUUAUAAAAUCAGAAGACAUACGUUGUAUGUUUAAAGCUUGGACCAAGUCCAGUACCUCCUCUCAUAUUUUUCUAUGCUGUCUGAAAAAAAAAAAAAAUUCCCUUCUUUUGGGCAACUCAAGUUGAUUUAGAGACCAGUGGUCUUGUGUUUUGGUAAUGUCAAUCAUACAAUAUUUUUAUUUCCUUGCUUGUAGGGAAAUCUGACUGAAAAUAGCUUUAGCAUUAAAUGUUAACUUCUCAAAAGGACUGUUAUAAAUCUGACUUUAUAGACAAAUCCGCACAUUUAGAUGUUUUGCAAGAUUAAUCCUUUAGUGCUUUACAAAUUCUUGUGGUCUGGUG